CCAUUUUCCUUGCCCAGAUCACAAAACACAACCAAACCACAUAAAAUAAGAUUCCCACGUUGUCCUCUGUUUCUCCCUGUGUCUCUCUCUUCAUUCGCAUUGACUCUAUCUCCUUCUCCAAUCUACUGUGCUAAUGGCGGAUCCAAUCUCGAAGACUCUGAUAGCGUUUGCGCUUUUAGCUUCUUUGUUGCUGUGUUCACACGCUUCCUCUGACGUUCCCUUCAUUGUCGCGCACAAGAAGGCCUCCCUCAACAGACUCAAGUCUGGUGCGGAAAGGGUCUCUGUUUCCAUCGACAUCUACAACCAAGGAACCUCGACGGCAUAUGAUGUGAGUUUAACGGACGAUAGCUGGCCAAGUGAUGCCUUUGAAAUAGUUACCGGCACCACUUCAAAGUCAUGGGAAAGGCUUGAUGCUGGUGGCAUCCUUUCUCACACAUUUGAGUUGGAGGCAAAAUCCAAGGGGUUAUUUGCCGGUGAACCAGCUGUCAUAAAGUUCCGUGUUCCCACAAAGGCUGCUUUGCAGGAGGCCUAUUCAACUCCCAUAUUGCCUUUAGAUGUUCUUGCUGAUAGACCACCCGAGAAGAAGUUUGAAUGGGUAUGUUUCCUAUAUUCUUGAACUUCACAAUUACAUGAAUCAAUAUCAAUUGCUUCUGUUGACUGAUGUGUUACCUUUUGUUUCGGAUACUAUGACAUGGUUGGACCGCUGGUAUCUCAGGCUAAGAGGUUGCUGGCUAAGUAUGGAUCUCUAAUCUCAGUGGUCACAAUCGUGGUGCUAUUUGUAUACUUGGUAGCUACUCCAUCAAAAUCCAGCACAAAAGGAAGCAAGAAGAAGCGUUAAUGAUUGGCAAAUUAGUGCAUUUGCAAUCAGACACUUGGGAGGCUAGAUCAUGAUAUUCUGACUGCGGUCAGUUUUUACCUGGUUGUUAGACUUUUUUGAAUGAAUGGUUAAAUGAGUUAGUGAGAGAAGAAAAACUUAAUUUCUUGACGGCAUAGCCUAAACAGAUGUUUUUGGUUCUCACUGGACGGAAUGUACUUUUAGCUAGCUAAAGUGUUUAAAUUA